AUGUCGCAAAAGCCUCACCAGGUUGAUCAUUUACGGUUCACACUGGGUGGCGAAGCAGCAGAGAGCAGCAACACAUUGACUCUCUCUUCCACAAUCAGGGAGCAACAUCAACAGCUGUUGUUACCUCACCAUCAUCAUCAUCCUCACUACCAACAAUCGACCACCACUUCGCCGUCCUUCUAUAACAACAACAAUCAUCCAACUUUUCGGAGUUAUGAAAUCUCCUCUUCCAAUGCAACAACCACUACAACAGGACAACAACCAAUGAUAUCAUCAUCCGUUUCUUCUUCCAAUAAUCCUCAAUUGGUUUCAUCGCCUCGGGAUCCUUCUUCUUCCUCACGAACGAAUACAUCUUCUCUUUCAUUAUUGUCUUCCAUUUUACAACAACAACAUCAAAAUCAUCAACAAGUAUCGAAUAAUCAUCAUCAUCAUGGAAAUGUCACUCCGAGAGGCCAAAAUAAUUCAUUAGGUUCAUCUCCUGUUACGUCAUCGACUACAACACCAAGACAACGAAAAAACAGUUUUUCUAAAUUAUUUACAAAAUCUUUUCCUAGUGAUGAUGUGAUGAGUAAUGACGCUUCGGAUCCAGAGUCCACAACAGAUCAUUCUCCUCAAACCAUUGGUGGUAUUCCCAUACCAAAUCACGAUCAUGCCGUAGAGGAUGAUGCAGUAGGAUUUGAUAUUCAACACAAUAUUCAUGAAAUGAAUUCGAAAUUAUAUGAAAUUAUUUUUGAGUUGGAAAACUCUAGACGAAGACGUUUGUCACAAUCUUAUUCUCCAUUGGAUAUUAUUUCUUUUGGAACGAGUCCUCCACCUAAUCUUUCUCCAAACUCAUUCACUACUGUAGCAACAAAUUUAUCGACUUCCAUGCCUCAUUAUCCAUUGUCACCUUCCCAAAGAGGUGCAACUUCUUUAUCAAGCUCACCACAACCAACACAGUACACACCAAGCAGUAGCGAAUCAAAAAGUGUACGACUGAAAAACACAUUUCGAAAAUUAUGGCCCAAAUCAGGUUCAACAACAACGUUAAGCACUGCUGCUGCAUCAACAUCUUCUCGACCUGUUGUACCACCACUAUUCUCAAAAUCUGGAUUCUCACUACACGACACAAAUCCUUCAAUUACAUUUUCGAGUACUAUCGUGAAUGACCUUAAUGAUUCUAAAGCAAGAGAGGAGAGAAAAUUAUUGGAGAGAUAUGGAAGACGUCCACAAAUGAUGGCAGCUGGGGCUCUUACUCCACGAACGCCUCGAACACCACGAACUCCUAGAAAUAAUUCUAAAAAUCCAGAGGUUGAAGAUGGAGCUGGUGACACGCCACUCUUGUCACCAAGAAAUGCAAUGUCCCCAAGUCGAACCAUUUCUUCCAUUGCAGCUUCCAACACACCAAGAAAUAUGGGAGAAGAAACAAAUCUUUCAGAUUAUCCCAUUGAUGAUAUAACAUUUUUGGAAAAUCCAACACCAGAGAAUAUUGUAAAAUUACUCGAGUUUAGAUACAAUAAGAAGGAUUAUAAUAAGAGAAUGCCUUUAUUUUAUACAUAUCUCGGAGACAUGUUAAUUUCUGUGAACCCAUACGACAUCAAAGAGACAGUUUCUAAUUACAAAAAUUCAGUGAUACAUUUUUAUCACAAACAAACACCAUUUGCUAGAGCUCCUCAUUUGUACUCUAUUGCUGAAAACGCUUUUAGGAAUAUGAAAGAGACUCACCAACCACAAACAAUAAUUGUGAAUGGAGAAAGCGGUUCAGGAAAAACCGAGAGUAGUAAGCUCAUACUAGGUUAUUUAACAGCAAUAUCGCUGAAUGGAUCAUCUUCUCUAGACGUUAAACAUACUUUAAUAGAUUCUAAUCAAACACUAGAGGCAUUUGGAAAUGCAAAAACAAAACAUUGUGACAAUUCGUCUCGUUUUGGAAAACAUACCACCAUCUAUUUUGGAUUUAAAGGCAGAAUUGAAGGAGGUAAAAUCUCUACUAUUCUUCUCGAAAAAAGUCAUGUCACUCAUCAGAGAAAGAAGGAACGAAACUUUCACAUUUUCUAUCAACUCUGUCGAGGAGCUGACAAGUCACUACGAGAAAAAUUUAAUCUUCAUGAGCCCUCCUAUUUUUCUUAUCUUAACUCAACAGACACUACUAUUCAUGGUGUCGAUGAUAGUAAGGAAUUUAAAAGCACUAUUCACAGUAUGGAUUCAGUAGGAAUUACUCACAAAGAACGAAAAGAAGUAUUUCGAUUAGUCGCUGGAAUUUUACAUUUAGGUAACAUUCAAAUCAUUGAGAGUUCAUCUGAACACAAGGAAACAGCCAAUAUUUUGGACAAUGACGAGGCUCUGAAGUGGGCAUCUUUUUGUUUCCGAAUUGAACCUAAAGCUCUCAAAAAGUCGCUUCUCUCACGUACUCUUAAUGCAGGUGAGAGAUAUGUUCGAAAAGAUCAAACUGUGAAUGAAGCAAUAUAUAAUAGAGAUGCUCUUGCUAAAGGUGUCUAUGAACGACUCUUUUUGUGGAUCAUUUCGAAAAUUAACAAGGCAAUCAAACCAAAAUCCAAAGAGAAUACCACGAGUAUCAGUAUUUUGGAUUUGUACGGUUUUGAAAUUUAUCCAAUCGAUAACUCGUUGGAGCAACUUAACAUCAAUUAUGUGAAUGAAAAGUUGCAACAACAAAUUUUGAAAGAAUUACAACAAGAAAAGGAGGAUUAUGUCAUGGAAGGAAUUACUUCUUUUGAUCCAUUUUCUGAAAGUAAUAUCACUGGUGGCCAGACCUCUCAAGCACUUCUUUCUAAAUUGAAAAAUGGUUUAUUGAACAUUACCUUGACGAGAGAUGUGAAAAAAGAAGCGUCACCACUUGAUUCCUCUCCAUUUCAACUUGAUUACAUUAGUAUCAAUGAUUGUAUUAGCACCAUUGAGGAUCACCCUAUAGGAAUUUAUUCACUUCUCGAUGAGGAAGAUUUUUUAAUUGGAUCAGGAAGUGAUGAUCGUUAUCUCUUUAAAUUACUCACCAAUCUAAAAGGAAAAUCUAAAAGUUUUGAGCCCUCCAGAUUUAAAGGAUUAACAUUUAGUUUGAAACACUUUGCUGCCAAAGUCGAGUACAAUGUGACGGAUUGGGUUCAAAAGAACAAGGACACACUUUUCAAAGAUUUAAUUGAAGUCAUGAGUUCGAGUACAUCAUUCCUUCUCAGAGAAAUUUUUCCUGAAGAUGAACUCACAAACAAGGAAUCCGAAUAUCGACGACUACAGGAAACCAUUGUGAAACAGUUCAAGAGAGACGUCCACAAGUUGAUGAAUAACAAGCUGAAAGGCAAGCACCAUUACAUUUAUUGUAUCAAACCCAAUGACGAGCAAAAGCCAUUCAAAUUCGAUCGAGAAAUUGUUCUUCAUCAAGUCAAAUAUUUAGGACUCAGUUCCAUCUCUCAUAUCAAACAACAUGGAUUUUUUUUCAAAAUGAAAUACGACAAGUUCAUACACAAGUACAAGUGUUUGAGUCCAGUGACAUGGCCUCUCUGGAGUAAUUCAGACAUCAAAAAGGGAUGUCGUAUCAUUUUAAGUGAGCUCAAUAUUGAUCUUAAUAAUUGUGCAUUUGGAAGGACGCAAAUAUUUCUCAAAACACCUCUCGAAAUGUCCAUUCUCAAUGACAAGCUUGAACAAAUUCAUGAAGCAGUUGCCAUUCUUCUACAGAGAAGAUAUCGAGAAAUUGUUUACAAAAGAAAACGAAGAAAAGAAGAAAUUAUCAAAUCUCAACUCGGAGGACUUGACAAUCAUCCAUCCUCUAUGGACAAGUCCAUGAUUGGAUCGAUGGUCUUUUUUGAGCAUCAUGUGAAUCAAAUCAUGAAUGGUGUUCGUCAACAUCGAUUACUGGUCAUCUCGGCAGCUCAUUUAUGUAUUCUCGAUGCCGAUGAAUAUGAAAUGAAAUUCAGUUUUCCCAUUUCAUGCAUUUAUCGAGUGUGCAUGAGUCGAUACAAUGAUGGAAUUCUCAUCAUUUGCUUGAAACAUUUUGGAGAUUUAAUUUUGGAUGUAGAAAAUAAGCAAAAGUUGUAUCAAGAGAUUUAUUCAACAUUCACAUCGUUGAUGGCAACUUCGAUUGAUGUGCUCAUUGAUUCCUCUUUUACAUUGGAACCUUCUGUGUUUUUAGUCGAAUCGAACGAGUUGGUUCAACUCGAAGAAUAUCAACGCUUGAUGAAGGAAUUUAAUUCUUUGACGAAAUUCAUUCAUGUGAAUGAUCAGCAACGUCAAGCAUCUACAAAUGUCAUGAUCAAACGAAAACCGUUCACUGUUCAAUUUUUAAAAGACUUUACCAUUUCAACCAUAAAAAUUGAACGAGUGAAUCAAGGAAUUAUUGUUUAUGUGAAACCAAACGAAGAUAUUUUUGGAGGUAAAAAACAGAGACGACACGGAAGUUUCUAUCGACAAUUUGUAGGUGACUCGUUACUCAUGAAACAUACAGAUUUUAUGAAGGAUAAGAUCGAACAUGGAGAAGAUAGAGAUGUUCUAUUUUCUGAUGAAGUGAGCAAGUAUGACAAGACUUUUAAAAAGAGAAAUCGUUUAAUGAUUAUUACAGAGAGAUCUGUGUAUUUGAUGCACACAAAUUUCUUUGCGCAAAGCUAUGGAAACUAUUUUUCGAAAACGAGAAGAAUUCCACUCAGAAGAAUUUACAAAAUUUCAGUGUCUCCAUUCUCAGACAAUUUUUUCUUCAUUCAUGUCAGAGGUGAGAGUGAUGUGGCCUUAGAGAGUGUGAAAAAAACCGAAAUUAUCAGUACUCUGAGUUCUAUAUCCAAGUCGACACUUGCAAGAAGUUUUGAGGUUGAUGUGACCUCGAAAAUCAAUCAAACUACAAAGAAUCCAAGCAUCACUCGAUUGAUUACCAUUGAACAAGUUCCAUCUCCACCAACAAGACGAAUAGAAUACAAGAAACCUGAUGUGAAAAUUUUUAUUCACCAAGAGGAGGUUUUCGAAGAAUAUUCAAAGAGUAUCAUGGAUGUUUAUUGUGGAAAGAAAUCUCGAAGAGUCAUGUCACUGGAUCUCAAAGAUGAACAAACAGAAGAUCAAGGCGAUUUAUUGAUUGUUAAUGAAAUUAUUUCCAAAGAUGACACUCCAAACUUUCUGACAGAAGUAGAAUUGAUUAAUCCCUUUUCACUAUCUUCUUCAAAGAAAAAGAUGGCUAUUACUUCCUCUACGAUCUACUUAUUUGGAAAGAAGAACAUUGACCAAGAUAGUCUGUCCAUCACAAUUCAAGAUAUUGAAGCAAUCUAUUGUAGUUGCUUUUGUGACGACGUGUUUGUUGUGUAUUGCCGUAAUCGAUCAUUGGAUCAAGAGGACAUCAUGACAUCUUCUUCUAAUCAUUCAGUAAUUGCAUACAUAUUUAAUUCUGAUCACAAGACAAAGAUUAUUCAAGUAUUGAAGGAGCAAGUGAAUCCUGCCAUUGAAUUAAUCAUUCACUCGAAAAUUGUCAUUCCUUAUCGAUAUAUUUUUGCAAGAUCAGAUACUUUCAAGUCGUCUCAAAGUGAUGAUAUGUUUGAACAAGCGCUAUCACAGACCCCAUCUAUUGAGAGUUUGGAUGCUACUGAAAAUACCAAUACUGCUACAAGCAUGACGGCCAUGAUGAUGGAAUGCUCAUCUCCUGCUACUCCAAAUAUCUUGAAUCACAGAAUUAUUGAGGAAACUCUACUUCCGAGAAGGGACGGAAAUGGUACCUUAACAAUCACUUUUGAAAUUGACAGAACUCUCUCUGUGCCCACUAUUACUUGCAUUGAUGAGGGCAUUAAUGGAAUUAUAGUCAUUUGUAUCAAUGACCAAGAGCCAACGUUUCCCUUAUAUCCACUUUUCAAAAACAGUAGAUCUCGAAUAUCCUUCAAAACCUCAGCAUAG